CAAACGAAUGAAUCGCGGCCACACGAGUACGCUGGCGUUGCGAUACCGAUGAUGUCACAAGAGCGCACUUGCUGCAGGCAUCAAGGUCUUUUCCAUCAGCCUUGGAGGCAGUUCAUUUUGACUGCCACUUCACAAUUUGCUCCGCAGCUCCAAGUCCACCUCUAGCAGACAGCAACCAUGCAGCCCACCACCGAAUUGCCCACCUCAAUCGCUAGCAAGGUGUACGAGGGUGUAAUCUCCGUCGUGUCUUACUUCGCCAUCGAAUACACGUCCAACUGGAACUGGCAUCUCGAGGACUUGGGCUCGCUCAUCCCGACCGUGUCCCCAUGAGCGAGCGGGUGCAAGUGAAUUCUAUUGGACUUGAGCUCCUUCAUGUAAACCAAUAGCAAGCAGCAGACUGCUGGGUUCCACGGGAAUAUGCUUGCUGAUGAACGCGACAAAGCAUUACUGUACUUCAAAUAGUAUGUUAUUAUCUUCGGCUCGUGUUUUGCGCACCGUCAUAUUGAUUGCAGAAACCGUAUCGUAAACUCAUGUUUAGAAGCGUGGAACCACCACGCUUGUAGGACGUCACUGAGCCGCUCGCCACGUACAUGUUCGUGCCGCUAGAUGGACUCUAGCCGAGAGACAACAGCCGAGUAGAGAAUGAGAAAUAACCCGAUGCACGCGGAAGUAGAAUGACGCUGCAGCUCACAAAACGAUUAUGCUUAUCUCGAAAAAGCUUUACGGAAACAACUUAUGUUUACCAGUUUGUACAGUAUAAACCAAAUUUAUAACGCUCCGAGAUUUAGUUGCCUUCUAUAACGAAUGCUUUUCGAAAGCAAAUUAUAAAAAGUUUUGCUC